GUUUUGACAAGCAUGAGGCGCAUACUCAGUGCGAAUUUAUUGAGAAAUACCUGUUUAUUUGGUGCCAAUCUGCCCUCACAUGCUUCUGUGGCAGCUGGACGACAGACCUGGACUCUGAAUUCCUGCAGAAAAUCGAGCGGCGAGACAACAAGCAUGGACCUGAGUGACAUGAGGAAGAAGUACAAAGGAGAUGAGGAGUGUUUUGAGGAGAGCCAGCUCGUGUCUCUGGACCCCAUCAAGCAGUUUGGGAACUGGUUUGAUGACGCCACAAAGUGUCCUGAGAUCGGAGAGGCCAACGCCAUGUGCAUCGCCACUGCCAGCAAGGAGGGACGUCCGUCUGCUCGGAUGGUUCUCCUCAAAGGUUACAGCAACGAAGGGUUCCGGUUCUUCUCGAACUACGAGAGCAGAAAAGGUUCUGAGCUGGAGAGUAAUCCGUACGCCUGCCUGGUCUUCUACUGGGAGCCCCUGAACAGACAGAUCCGUAUUGAGGGCAGCGUGGAGCGAAUCCCCUACCAGAGCUCCUGUGACUACUUCCACUCCCGACCAAAGAGCAGCCAGAUCGGGGCUGUCGUGAGCCGACAGAGCACUCCGGUUCCCAACAGAGACUACCUGAGGCAGAAAAACGCAGAGCUCGAGGAGAAGUACAAGGACACGGAGGUGCCGAUGCCUGACUACUGGGGCGGCUACAUCGUGAAGCCCUCUCUGAUCGAGUUCUGGCAGGGUCAGACCAACAGGCUGCACGACCGCAUCGUCUUCACCAGAGCCAAGGACGGAGAGUCGGAGCUGGGGGAGUUUCAGCACUCUGCAGAGGGAGGCUGGGUUUACCAGCGACUGUCUCCCUGAACGAUACCUCAACAGACUGUCAUAGGAAGGAAAGGACUGAUAUGACUACCACUGAUUUCAAAAAGAAACUUGAAAUAACUACUCUUUGAUGUUUGUUAAAUAGAUGCUGCUACUGUCUGUGGGAUUUCUCUGUGUCUUUGAACUAAACCGUGUGUGUCUGACCGUGGAAGCGGACCGGACUGUGCAGCUAUUUCAUACAUUUUAAACUGAGAGUUCACCGACCGACACAGCAGAGCAAACUCCACCUGCUCCGUCCUGGUUAAUGAUGAUUGACGGUGUAACGCUGGCUGUUAAAAAGUGUCGUCGUCGACCUUUAGGACACAAAACUGUGUCUUAUUUCUUGAGUAGCACAAUCCGCAGGCCUUGUGAGGAGCAAGUUUGCCAUUUUUCUCUCCAGAUGCAACUUCGUGCAGUUUAUUUUCAUUAUUUUUUUAACUCCAGUAUGUAAUUUUGUACUAAUUAAAUCGAAAAUGGAGGCGGUGGCUUGAGUCUAUUUACUUCCAGGGAGGUUUCCUAAAAAGAAAAGCUCCACAUAAACCUUUUUCUCUUCUCAUUAGCAACACCUCUACAGUCAAACACAAUCUAUCAUGACGCUGGAAGGUUUAUUACCUGUAAAUGUUUGGUUUUUGUUGCCACAGUCACAGAGGUAUAAAGUCAAUAACGUGUUCAAACAGCACUGGGGACACAGUAAAUGGUUGGUUAUGUAAUGUAAUGUUAACAUAAUCUGAGGUGUGCAAAUAGAUGACAAAAAAUAAGAAAUAUGUGCCAAAAUUAUAUCCGUCUUUGACUAUAAUUGAAUUUACAGGCUUCUAACAAUGACAACAAGUGCUAAACAUUGUAAAGUUUGCAAAAGUAGAACUUAAUAAAUUAAUAAAUUGCUCUCACGCAUUUGUUAAAUCCUUAAUUCUUCACUCCUGGAAGCUAUAUUUUCCAUCUUUUGUUAAUUCCUGUCAACUUAAUUCACAUGUUUGCCUGUUCAAGUGUGCAAAUGUACAAUUAAUUUGAAUUAAUUAACCUUAAACACCAGAACACUGCCUCCAUUUUUCUGUUAAUUAGCACCAAAUGUUAUCAUAGUUUCCAGAAAUCAUCUUGUGAAUUUACAGCUGUAAGAAAUUAAAGGAAAAUAAUUCACAUUGCACUGACAGCGAACCGUCUUACAUCUACAACCGUGAAUCUAACUGCCUUUUAACGCUGAGGUUAAAAGAGCUGGUGGUGGUAACAACCGUGCCAACUGUUGUGUGUCUUGUACUAUCUGACAGUGUGAUUGUGGUUCUUUUUUUUUAUUUUUAACUCUGCAAAAGAGCCAGAAAUAAAGUUUAAUUUGCAA